GCUCCCCUGAACCCAAUAACUGGACCUAAGGCAUUCAACAGUGGAAAGCCCCUGGACAACAACUGUUUUUUGUAUACUUUUGAUGAAGCUGGGGACUACACGGUUGCUUCCCAGGGUGCCCCUGGCUACUCCUGUGUUGUACACAUCAGAGAUGAAAUUGUGCAGACGGCUGAGCCGUACAACAUAUCGGAGAAGAAAGGGGGAACCGUUGAACGUUAUUAUAGGGUUGACCUGGCCUGUAAAACAGAGGGGGCUGAGAUCUACUACACCACAGACGGUUCCAUGCCGGGGCUGCACCACUAUGCAACUAAGCAUUACAAGAAGGACAGGGGAAUCCUCUUGAAGGAACCAGGUCUGUGUUUUGUCAGAGCAAUGGCCUCUAAACCUGAGCAAGUCUGUAGCCAUGUGUUCACAUCGAGAUGUUACUGGGUUUUAUCUGGGGAUAAGAAUAAAGAUGAUUCUAUGGAUGAAGCACCCAGUUCACUUCCAGUAGAAAGCAAACAGCAAGGAUUGUCCUCGUGGGACUGGUGGAACUGUCGGCCUCACAUCAAGGGUUGUUUCACUGGGCCAGGAAGUGUCAAUAUUUUCUGGGAUCUUCCACAAUCUGAGUCUGCAAGAGAGCAAAUCAAAGGAUAUCAACUGUUGCUGAAUGGUGUAAGCUACUGUAGCAUGUUCCCACUCAACAACAACAGUCUCAACAUCCAAGGUCUUGCUGGUGGCCGCAACUACAGAAUUGUUGUUGUGGUUCACCCCAAGGAUCCUCAGAAUGUGGAAAUAGAGUCCAACAGUCUUAACCUGCAGUGUCCCAUUGAGACUGAGGGAGGUGGGCCUCUGAUUUCAUUGGUCAAGUCUGAUAAACCGGACAGCUUAUCCAUUGUCUGGAUGUCAGUGGAUACCAUGGAUACAUCAGUGGAAAGUUAUGUGAUCUAUCUCAAUGACCAACAGUGUGGUCCUAAA